AUGGUCCCACCACAAUCAUCCACCAAAGCAGCCCUCAAAGCCGCCAAAGCUGCCCUCGACGCCCAACAAUGGGACGCCGCCAUCACGCACGCCUCCAGCGUCCUCGAGACCGAGUCGGACCCGCAGAAGACGUACUUCGCCCGCCUCUUCCUCGGGCGCGCGCUCGACAAGCAAGGCAAGCCGGACGACGCGGCGAAGGCGUACGAGGAAGCCGCGUCGACGAAGCCGGACGACGACCAGGCGUGGCUGGGGCUGCGGGGGGUGUACGAGGCGCGGGGCGGGGAGAGGGUGGACGAGUACAUCCGGGUGGGGGAGCGGCUGGCGGGCAUCUACGCGGGGCUGGACGACGCGCACAGGGCGCAGGUCGCGGUGGACAAGGUGGUGGAUCUGGCGCGGGCCAAGGGGUCGCGCGCGCAGUACAGGCGCGCGCUCGAGGUGUAUCUGCCGACGAGCGAGCAUUACGGGUUCUUGGAGGGGAGGGUGCCGCAUCCGAGCGCGACGUAUACGCGCAUCGUGGAGAUUGUCGAGCAGGAGGAGAAGGAGAAGAUCAACAGAGAGAUUGGCGAGAGGAGGACGCGGCUCGGCGCGCGCAUCGGCCAGGUCACGACCGAGGUCAAGAGGGAGGUGUAUGAGGCUAGUCGGCUUGAGGAGCUGUAUCAGGCCGUUGUGGACUGGACGCAGGAUGAUGAGGUGAGGAGAUCGUAUGAGGAGAAGCUGCUGCAGCGCGCGUUCGAUACGCUGGCGGUACUGCCUGCGGCGAAGAAAGCGGAGAAGAGGGAGCAGGUGCUCAAGCUCGCGCAUGGCAUGGUUAUCAUCAAGCAUCCGUUUGCGCUGGCGUGGCGGCUAGAGCUGGAGUGGACGGAUGUGGAGAGCCUGCUGGAAUUUGAUGCGAAUGUCGUGCGGGAGUUUAUCGAGUUCUUCCCGGAUGAUGGGCUGGCGAAGAUGCUGAAGGGAUAUCUCGUCAGCGAGAUCGCGCCGUUCCCCUUGAAGCUGCCGCAGGAACCGAAGGAUGGGGAGGAUGAGAGUAAAGAAGAGAAAGAGGUGCCAUUGAGCCAGGAGGAUAGGCUGCUGCUAAUGACCGAAGGUCUCGAUGAUGCGAAGCAAUCUCCUCUCGCUCACCGAUUGAUGGGCGAAUACUACCUCCACUUGGAGGAAUUUGAAAGCUCUGUCGAGAUCGCCAAGAAAGGUCUGAAGCUUGUCGUGUCUGAGGCACAGAAGAGUGGACUGGAAUUUCAGAACAACAAGGAUGCUAUCAAUAGCACUCUUGCUACAUCGCUUAUCCAGUACCAGUCCCCUAAGAACCACCCAGAAGCGAAGUCUAUCUUCCAUGAGAUCCUUCAGCGCAAGGCCACUUUCACCCCAGCUCUUAUCGGAGUUGGUCUCAUUCUCGAAGAAGAGGAAGAGUUCGCAGAGGCGAUCGACUUCUUGAGCAGGGCCUUGGCGCGCGAUGCGGAAAAUGCCCGGAUAGGGGCUGAGACGGCUUGGUGUAAGGCUCUCAAUGGCGAUCACACCACUGCUCUUGGCGAGCUCGAGACGUAUGUCGAGAAGAUGAAGACCACAGAUCUUAGAUCCCGGGAUUUGAGAGCACAAACUUUGUACCGCAUCGGUAUCUGCAUCUGGGAGAUCGAUCCCACACGACAGGCUCGAAAAGACAGGACAGGAGCAUACGCCAGCUUCUUGCAGGCCAUCAAGACAAACCCGAGCCUUGCUCCUGCAUACACUAGUUUAGGCAUCUACUACCAGGACUAUGCCCGAGACAAGAGACGUGCAAGGCAAUGCUUCCAGAAAGCGUUUGAAUUAUCUGCGUCGGAGCUGGAGGCUGCCGAGCGCCUUGCCCGUUCAUUCGCUGACCAGGGUGACUGGGAUAUUGUCGAGGUCGUCGCCGAGCGCGCCAUCGAGUCCGGCAAAUGCCGUCCUGCCCCCGGAUCCAAGAAGAAGAAGGGGGUGAGCUGGCCUUUCUCGGCAAUGGGAAUUGUGCAGAUGAACAAACAGGAGUACAGCAAGAGCGUAUAUUCCUUCCUCUCGGCUUUACGCAUCAGUCCGGAUGACUACAACUCUUACGUCGGCCUGGGCGAGAGCUACCACAACUCCGGCAGGUACAACUCGGCGCUCAGAACCUUCAAUUAUGCCGAAAACCCGACGGACGGAGUACAGAUGAAGAAGCCAGCCGAGAACUGGUUUACGAAGUACAUGCUUGCGAACGUCAACCGCGAACUCGGCCAGUAUGAAGAGGCCAUCGAUGGCUACAAGCAAGUGUUGGAGUCGAGACAAAAUGAAUUCGGCGUUCAAAUUGCGCUGCUUCAGACGCUUGUUGAGAGAGGCUGGCGAUAUAUCGAGACCAGUUUCUUCGGCAAGGCGGCGGAUAGCGCCUUGGAAGCCCUUACCGUUGCGAAGACGGUGGCGGAGUAUAAGCCCGAGGCCUUCAAUCUGUGGAAGGCAGUGGGUGAUGCUUGCUCAAUCUUCACGUGGGUUCAGAGCAGGAUCAAGGACUUGCCUCUUGAGACGGUGAAGAGCUUGCUGGAGACGGGCAUCGAAGCUAAAGAGUUCGACAUGUUUUCCGAUGACGAUGGGAUCGGACAGGAACAGCUUGCGUCCUUAUCCGGGGAGUCAGAAAAGGGAACAUCGACUGCUCGCAAGUGCCUCGAUGCAGCCAUCCUCGCCCAGAAGCGGGCGAUCUAUGCCUGCGCUCACGACAUCCACGCUCAAGCGGUUGCAUGGUACAACCUUGGCUGGACGGAGUAUAGAGCGUAUGUGUGCUGUGAGCAGGACGUUGAUCCAGCUGCGCAAAGCAAAAAGAGCCUGAAGCUUCUCAAGGCGGCGAUGAGAUGCUUUAAGAGAGCGAUCGAGCUCGAGGCUGGCAACGCUGAGUUCUGGAACGCCCUCGGAAUUGUCACCACACAACUCAAUCCCAAGGUCGCUCAACACUCGUUCGUCCGCAGCCUCCAUCUGAACGAGCGUAACGCAAAGGUUUGGGUGAACCUCGGGACGUUGUAUCUCUUGGAGAACGACUACGAGCUUGCCCACACGACCUUUGCCCGUGCUCAAUCCACAGAUCCGGAUUACCCGCAAGCUUGGCUGGGUGAAGGCCUCAUCGCCCUGCUAUGGGGAGAUGCCAAGGAAGCAUUGUCUCAUUUCACUCAUGCAUUUGAAAUCAGUGACGCUUCUUCUCUUGUUGUCAAGAGGCAGUACGCAGUCUCUACCUUCGACCAUCUCCUUUCUUCGCCCUCAGCCUCGAGCGACAUCACGAAGCUCAUUCAGCCUCUCUUCGCUCUCCAACAGCUCUACUCGCAAAAAUCAACAGACAUCCCUCACCGCCACCUUGCAUCACUCUACCUCGAACGGGUCGGCAAUUACGACACGGCCAUCUCUGCGCUCGAGGAGAUCUGCGCCGCCGCCGAAGCGGAUUUCGAGGUUUCGGAGUCGCCACAGGCCCUCUCCCGCUUCGCACAAGCCAAGACUGACCUCGCCCGCAACCGUCUCGCGGCAUCCGACUUCGCGGCGGCCGCCGAAGACGCCGAGACAGCGCUGGAUUUGACGGCCGAGGAGGAAGGCACAGGGCUGAGCGCCGACGCGCGGCGCAAGGUCCGGCUGGGCGCACGCCUGACGGCCGGGCUGGCGCAGUACAAGCUCAACGCCAUGGACGCGGCCAUCGACCACUUCCGCACCGCGCUGCAGGAGAGCGGCUCGGCGCCGGACGUGGUGUGCUCGCUCGCGGAAGUGCUGUGGGCCAAGGGCGGCGCCGACGAGAAGAGCGUCGCGCGCGACCAGCUCUUCGAAUGCGUCGGCGAGCACCCCGACCACGUCGGCGCCGUCGUCCUGCUCGGCGCCAUGGCGAGCCUGGACGAAGACGCGGACACGAUGGACGCGGUCAGGGACGACCUGCAGGCCCUGCGCACGAGACCCGGCCUCGACACCCAUCAGCUCAGGCGCAUCGAGAAGGUCUUGGACGCCAUUGCCGAGCUGUCGUCCGGGUCGGAGGAGCAGGAGGUGGUGGAUGCCGUGAGGACGGAGGUCCAAACCAGCAUCAUGCUCGCGCCGCACCUGCCUCACGGCUGGACGCAGCUCGCCGGCCUCGUUGCGGAUGGCGCGGAGCAGGCGGCGGAUGCGGAGGAGCACGUCGCGUACCCGGCGCAGAUGGCCCUCGUCACGGCGAAGAGGGCCGUCCCGCCGAACGGCCCGCUGCAGGCGGAGGGGUUGGCCGCCGCGUUUGCGGGUGUGGGGACCGUCGCGGAUGCGCAGAGGGCGGUCAUGUGUGCGCCGUGGAGGGCGGAGGCGUGGGGGGCGUUGGCGGAUGUUGUUGGAUAG